AUGGAGCUGGCCUCUUUCUUCAUCUUCACCCUAGCCCUCCUAAACACUCUCACCUUGCGGGUGCCCAUCGCCAACCCAACUGCCAAGAACAUUAUCCAAAACUCCUACAUUGUUGUUUACAACGAGAGCUGUUCCGAUGACGAAGUCGUCGCCCACCAGGCACACUGGACGGUUACCAUGGCGAGGCGCAACAUUGGCAAGCGCAGCAACAUCGGUGACCGCUUUCUCAGCACAACGGUUAAAACGUUCAGCAUCGGCACUGUCAGGGCGAUGGCGCUGGAUGCGGACGAUCAGUCCGCUAUCGAGAUCAACCAGGCCGACGAGGUUGCGUUCAUCGAGAGCGACACGCAGAUGCACAUCGAGACUCUGAUCACGCAAGACGACGCCACCACAGGCCUCGCUCGUUUGUCGGCCUCGCAGCCGGGCGGUUUGAAUUACUCGUACGACGACAGCGCCGGAGAGGGAAUCACAGUCUUUGUGAUCGAUACAGGGAUCAUGACAAACCACACCCAGUUCCAGGGCAGGGCUACGCUUGGAUUCAAUGCUGUGAACGACAUUAAUACCGAUGAAAAUGGACAUGGUAGCCAUGUUGCAGGCACAAUCGGUGGCUACACCUUCGGCGUGGCCAAGAAAGUCUCACUCGUCGGCGUCAAGGUCCUUGAUGCGAGCGGUGAGGGGUCGUACUCUGGUAUCCUCAGCGGAAUAGAGUAUGUUGUCGAUACAAUUAAAGCUGGAAACCUCUCUGGGAAGGCUGUGGUGAAUAUGUCGUUGGGCGGGUCCAAGUCCCAAGCCAUCAACCAAGCCAUCACUGCCGUCCGCAUCGCUGGAGCCGUGCCGGUUGUGGCUGCCGGAAAUGAUCACGAAGAUGCUUCCAACGACAGCCCCGCCUCGGCCCCAGGUGCCAUCACCGUCGGCGCCAUCGACCAGACGACAGACCAAAGGGCUUGGUUCAGCAACUUCGGGCAGGUCGUGGAUGUAUUUGCGCCGGGCGUCAACGUCGAGAGCGUUGGCAUACAGAACACAACAGCAACCAAGACCGAGGACGGCACGAGCAUGGCUUCUCCACACGUUGCAGGGCUGGCUGCGUACCUUAUGGCCCUGCACAAUAUCACCGAUGUCGGUGUGGUGGAGGCCACGAUACUCGGCCUGGCCGGGGCCACAAACUCAUCCGUGAUGGAAAACGCGAUGUUGACCACCGACUUGAUUGCGAACAAUGGACAUCUAUAG